CUGCCCCGCCGGGCAUCGAACACACUCGUCACAUUCCAGCACUGCUGAGGAGGAAGAUGGAGGUCACUGCUCGGUGUGCUGCUGUGCUCUUCCUCCUGCUUCUAUCUCAGGCCCUGAUGGCCGUUCACUCCCAAGAGGAGGAGGAGGAGGGCGUGCAGGUGGAGGAACUGCAGGAGGAGGACCAGCAGGAGACGGAGACGUUGACAUCAACCUUCAAGGCUUGCACCUGUGACUGUGAGUCCGCCGGUCCACCUACCGCCCAAACCACCUUCCUGACGCCGACGCCACCAGUGCCGCUUCAGGGCCACCCGCUCCACUGCAUGCCAGAAUGUCCUUACCACAGAGCGUUGGGCUUUGAAUCCGGAUCGGUGGAGUCGGACCAGAUCAGCUGCACCAGUCAGGACCAGUACGUCGGCUGGUACUCCUCCUGGACCCCCUCCAAGGCUCGCCUCAACAACCAAGGCUUCGGGUGCGCGUGGCUCUCCAAGUUCAACGACCUGCAUCAGUGGAUCCAGAUCGACCUGAAGGAGGUGGCCGUGGUGUCCGGCAUCCUCACGCAGGGCCGCUGCGACGCCGACGAGUGGAUCACUAAAUACAGCAUCCAGUACCGCGCGGUGGAGACGCUCAACUGGAUCUACUACAAAGACCAGACAGGAAACAACCGGGUCUUCUACGGGAACUCGGACCGCUCGUCCACGGUGCAGAACCUGCUGCGCCCCCCCAUCGUGGCCCGGUAUGUCCGCCUGCUGCCGCUGGGCUGGCACACCCGCAUCGCCAUGAGGCUGGAGCUGCUCAUGUGCAUGAGCAAGUGUCCCUGAAGGCCACGCGGCCUCCUCGCUGUGCGUCCUCCACCCCGAAAAAACCUGCAGCCCCUCGUGUUACUUUGUUAUAGGACCAGUGGUGGAAAGUGCCUCUAGUACUGCACUUAUGUGUAUACACGUUGGAGGUACUUUACUUUUUCCUUGUUACUGUGCUUCCCCUCCACUUCAUCUAAAUAUUGUACUUUUUACUACUACUACUACUACUACAUUCUUCUGACAGUUUUAGUUUCUUUCAGGUUUUCAAUGACGAUGAAGACAGGCUAAAGAACCUGAGAGAGACUUAAAUAACAGAGACAGAGAGAAAUGCCAAAACUACACAGAGAGACAUAAAAUAAAUACAGACAUGGACUACAAAGACACGCAAAGCCGCUGCAAAGAGACCACACAGAGACUCACACUGACUAUGAGGAGCAUAACUACCUCAGAGACUCAAAUCCACAACAGAAAGACAUGAAAGGACUAGAAAAAGAGGCUAAAAAAAGACAGAAAACAUCUGCAAAGAUACAAAACAACAACUUACACAAGAGAUAACUAACAACCACAAAGAGACACCAACAACCACAAAGAGACACCUAACAACCACAAAGAGACACCUAACAACCACAAAGGGACACCAACAACCACAAAGAGACACCAACAACCACAAAGAGACACCGGUGACAUCGGUGGAGGAGCCCAUUGUCUCCAAGACAGCGACGCUACAAACCAUAAUCUUCUAUGUAUUGGUGUAGAUUAAACAGGAUAUAAAAGGAGUCAAAAUGCAAGAUACACAUUCAUGCAGCAAGGGAUACUAAUCCAGAAACAUUUACUCAUCAAGUGAUAUUUUGACUUCAGUGUGGUUUUGCAGGUAUUUACUCAUACUGGAAUGUUUUCACUAUGUGAUAUUAUGAAUUUUACUGCAGUGAAACGUCUGAAUACUUUUUCCAACACUCAUGACGUCCAUCUAAAUAACGUGCAUGUUUUUAAUGAGCCUCAACAUAAUUAAAUCUGAAAGGAAAGCUG